UUAGAGGAAUGGCCGGGUCCACCCGCCACGUCCGGUGCGUUGCCAUGGCUGCCGAUAUCAACUUCCGGCGUGCCGGGUGGGCGCGGGAUCGCGGCGAGAGGCGGUGAGGGGCGGCGGCUGCACUGAGGGACGGCCAUGGCCCCCAAGGCGGCCGCCAAGCGCCGGCAGGGCCAAGGUGGACCUUCAGGAGGAAAGACAGGAAAAGCUGGUAAAGCUGGUAAAGGUGGUAAAAAACGGGAUGAAGAUGAGUCCACUGCAAUGGGAGAGGAUUCAUUGGCAGCAAGGGCUGCAGUCAGAUCCCCAGAUCAACUGGACCUGACUGAAGCUGAAUUGAAAAAGGAAGUUACACGUACCUUGUCAGCUGAUAAUCCCCAUGUUCCCCGGAAUAUUGUCAGAUACUGCUUUACAGAACAAGCAUACAAAAUAGUGGAAAAUAUGGAUCAAACAGCCAUUCAUUUCACUUUGAAUGGAUACUUGAUACACAAAGAUUCAGAUGAAGGCAGGCGCCAGAGUAUCAGAUCAGGCACUGAAUCAGAAAAGGCUUCUGUUGAGGAGGAAGAGGCUCCUGUGGAGGCUUCUGCUGAGACAACUGAAGAGGCAGAGGCUAAAGAUGAAGAACCCACAGAAGAUGCUGAGGCUGCAGUAGAGGGAGAGGGAGAGGGAGAGGGAGAGGGAGAGGCAGAGGCAGGGGCAGAGGCAGAGGGGGCAGAAGCAGCUGAAGCAACUGAAGAGCCAGAAGAGGCAGAAGAAGAGCCUUCUGCCGCAAAAGCCCCAGAGAAGAAGGCUGCAAACCAGUUCAACUUCAUCGAGAGAGGUACAACUACACUCAGCUAUGCUCCACGGGAAAAAGGAUGUCAAACAGACCCUGCACCUUAUGAAAAUUUCUCAGCCACUGUUAACCAGUGGGACAUCUAUGAUACCUAUGUGGCGGAACUCGAAAGAAUAGAAAAGGCAAAAGAGAAAGAAAAAGCAAAACCUCAGGYAGUGAAGAAAGACGACCAGAAAACUGGAAGAAAGUUAUCUUAUGUGGAGCCACAGCACGUUGACGCUCUAAGCAAGGUUGCAAAGGCUGUUAAAAUAGCAGAACGGAUGGUGAAUCUGAACACAUUUGAUGACAUUGCACAAGAUUUUAAAUAUUUUGAGGAUGCCUCCGAUGAAUUCAGAGGYCAGGAAGGAACGCUCCUCCCACUCUGGAAGUUCCAGUCUGAAAAAACCAAGAAACUUGCAGUUACUGCCAUCUGCUGGCAUCCAAAGUACACGGACUUAUUUGCAGUGGGGUAUGGCUCUUAUGACUUCAUGAAGCAGGGUCACGGCGUGCUCCUGCUCUACACCCUGAAGAACCCCUCCUUUCCAGAGUACUCCUUCAGCAGYGAGAGUGGUGUCAUGUGCCUGGACUUCAACAGUGACCACCCCUCCCUCCUGGCAGUGGGCUUCUAUGAUGGCGACGUGGCCAUCUACAAUCUGAAGAAGACAACUCCCCAGCCCAGCUACAAGAGCAAGUUAGGAAAGCACACAGAGCCAGUGUGGCAGGUCAAGUGGCAGAAGGAUGACAUGGACGGCAAUGCCAACUUCUUCUCCGUCUCCUCGGAUGGGCGGAUUGUUUCGUGGACUUUAGUUAAGAAUGAGCUGGUUCACAUGGAUGUCAUCAAGCUGUCAGGAGACGGAGCAGUGAAGCAGGGGCCAGAGGGGCUGCAGCUGGAAACGCUUGGCUGCGGGGUAUCUUUUGAUUUUCACAGAAAGAUAGAUUAUUUGUUUCUCGUUGGUACUGAAGAGGGAAAGAUCUAUAAGUGUUCAAAAAGCUAUUCAAGCCAGUUUCUGGAUGUGUUUGAAGCCCAUCACAUGCCUGUGGAUUCACUCAGCUGGAGUCCCUUCCACUUGAAAGUCUUCAUUUCCUGCAGCUCUGACUGGACAGUCAAGAUCUGGGAUCACACCAUCAAGACUCCGAUGUUUAUUUAUGACCUGGGCACUGCUGUAGGGGAUGUUGCGUGGUCUACUUACUCCUCCACAGUGUUUGCUGCAGUCACCAUUGAUGGCAAGGCCUGUGUGUUUGAUCUGAACAUUAAUAAGCUUGAACCUCUCUGCACCCAGCCAGUGGCAACCAGUAAGAAAAAUAAAACAACCCAUGUCCAGUUUAAUCCUGCCUACCCUGUUAUCCUCGUUGGAGAUGAACAGGGCCUCAUUACCUGCUUGAAGCUCUCUCCCAAUCUGCGCAAGAAGCCCAAGGAGAAGAAAGGCAAGGAUGUGAAGAAAGGUCCCGAGGUGGAAACUGAAAAGCUGGAGAAGCUGCUUAGCCUGGUGAGAGACCCACGGACCAAGAAAGAGGAGAAGGGGGAAUGAUGACUGUGGGCAGCCUCUGGCCAAACAAACUGGGCUUUGAUCGGUGGCUGCUUGGCAUGCAAGCCACGGGCCCCUGCUGCCCACUUUUUGCACAGCAGGAACACUUUUCCUCUGUGCCCAGACAAAUAAACCGAGGUGC